AUGGCCGUGGGGCAGGCUGAGGGGCUGGCCGUGGGGCUGGCAGUCGGGCUGGCCGAGGGGCUGUCGGUCGGGCUGGCUGCGGGGCUGGCCGCGAGGCUGGUCGCGGGGAUGAAAGUCGGGCUGACCGUGGGACUGGCCGUAGGCCUGGUCGUGGGGGAGGCCUUGGGACUGGUCGUGGGGCUGGAAGUCGGGCUGGCCGUGGGACCGGCCUUGGCCGCGGGGCUGACCGUGGGCCUGGCAAUCGGGCAUGCCCUGGGUCUGGUCGCAGGGCAGGCCGCGGGGCUGGCAUUCGGGCUGGCCCCGGGGCUGGCCGUCGGGCUGGCCGUUCGGCUGGCCGGGCUGGCCGUCCGGCCGGCCGUGGGGCUGUUAGUCGGGCUGGCCGUCGGACUGGCUGUGGGGCUGGCCCGUAUAGGACUGGCCGUGGGGCUGCCCGCGGGGCUGGCAGUCGGGCUGGCCACGGGGCAGGCCAACGGGCUGGCCGUCGAGCGGGCCGUGGAUCUGGCAGCCGGCCAGGCUAAGGGGCCAGCAGUCGGGCUGACCGCGGGGAUGGUCGCCAAGCUGGCCGUGGGGCGGGCCACGGAGCUGGCCGUCGGACUGGCCGUGGGGCUGGCUGUCGGGCCGGCCGUGGGGCUGGCAGUCGGGCUGGCCGUCGGGCUGGCCGUGGGGCUGCCAGUCGUGUGGGCCGUGGGGCUGGCCGUGGGGCUGGCAGUCGGGCAGCCCGUGGGGCUGGCCGUGGGGCUGGCCGCGGGGCUGGCAGCCGGGCUGGCCUCGGGGCUGGCCGUCGGGCUGGCCGUCCGGCUGGCCGUGGGGCUGGCCGGGCUGGCCGUGGGACUGGCCGUGGGGCUGGCAGGAGGGCCGGCCGUGGGGCUGGCAGUCGGGCUGGCCGCGGGGCUGGUCGCCAGGCUGGCCGUGGGGCUGGCCGUUGGGCUGGCCGUCGGACUGGCCGUCGGGCCGGCCGCCUGGCUGGCCGUGGGGCUGGCCGCGGGGCUGGCCGUGCGACCGGCCGUGGGGCUGGCAGUCGGGCCGGCCGUGGGGCUGGCAGUCGGGCUGGCAGUCGGGCUGGCCGUGAGGUGGGCCGUGGGGCUGGAAGCCUGGCUGGCCGUGGGGCUGACCGCGGUGCAGGCCGCGGGGCUGGCAGCCAGGCUGGCCACGGGGCUGGCCGUCGGGCUGGCCGUCGGGCUGGCCUUGAGGCUGGCCAGGCUGGCCAUGGGACUGACCGUGGGGCCUGCAGUCGGGCGGGCCGUCGGGCUGGCCGUGGGGCUGGCCGUAGUGCGGGCCGCGGGGCCGGCCGUGGGGCAGGCAGUCAGGUUGAACACGGGGCGGGCCACGGGCUGGCCGUCCGGCGAGCCGAGGAGCUGGCAGCCGGGCAGCCCGUGGGGCUGGCAGUCGGGCAGCACGGGGAACUGGCCGCCAGGCUGGCCGCGGGGCUGGCCGUUGGGCUGGCAGUCGGGCCGUCCAGGGGAUGGGCCGCCAGGCUGGCCGGGGGGCGGGCCGAGGGGCGGGCCGCGAGCCGCAGCGCGGCGCCGGCCACCGCGCCAAGCGCCGCCGCCGCCGCCGCCGCCAGCGAGGAGCUCAGCGGCGGCGGCAGCGGUAGCAGCCGCGGCCGCCGCGAAAGCGGCCGAGACGCCGGCCACGGCGCCGCCCCCGGCCGCCGCCGCCGCCGCCUGGGAGCCGGCAGCGUCGGCGGCAGCGGCAGCAGCAGCGGCCGCCGCGAAAGGCAGCCGCGACGCCACGCGCGCGCCGCCGGGCGCCGCCGCCGCCGGAGGGGAGGCCAGCGGGGCGGCCCGCAGCGGUGGCGGCGGCGGCGGCCGCGGCGACGGCGCCGCGGAGGCGGGCCGCGGCGGCGCCGGCCACCGCGCCCUCCGCCGCCGCCGCCGCCGCCACCGGCGAGGAGCCGGCAGCGGCGGCGGCAGCGGCAGCGGCGGCGGCAGCGGCAGCGGCGGGACAAGAGGCCAGCGCGGCGCCAGCCGCGCCCGCGGCGCCACUGGCGCCUGCGGCGCAGGCGGCGCCUGUGGGGGCCGAGCUGGGGCGGCCGCCGGCCGUCUCCGACGGCGGCAGGCCAGCAGCGGCGGCGGCAAGCCCCGGCAGCCCGCCAAGCCCCCGCGGGGCGGCCCGCCAAGCCGCCGCCAGCCGCUAACGGCGGCGAAAAGCGGCUCCGGAGAGGGCCGCGGCGGGAGCGGACAUGGCCCAGGUCCGAGCGCGCACCUGAGCCAGGGGCGGACUUGGGCCGAGACGGCUUGA